AUGGCCGAAGCAUACCCUGUUCCCUCCGAUGUCGACUCGGUUUCCUCUUCUGACAAUGAGGAAUGCUGGCUUGAGGCUGCGGGAGCUCCUCGCCCGGACAAAACAGCCGAGGACCACAAGGCUGAGGAGAAAGGCAAAGAUCGCCUUGAUACGGGAAACUAUUCUGACUGGAGUAGUGAGGAAGGUGAUGAUGAGGAUGAUGAAGAACAAGUUCAGAUCAAGUCCUUUUUCGACGACGCUACCUACUCCAAUGUUAAGGACAUGGUCUCAGCUAUGAAAUCCCAGUUCGGUUUUGACUUUCUGGCGGUGCGCGACCGCCUAGGACUCGACUUUUAUGGAUGUGUCAGGCUGAUCAACUUUGUUCGUCGGCACGUCCGGGAUGGCGGCAACAAUACCAAUAUCCCUGAUCCCAUCACGGCGGAACACUUGGCUGACGACCGGCUGCUGAUUCCUGUUUUGGAAAACGAUGAGCUCAUCUUCUACCUGGAUGACUUGCCUGCUUCCCCGAAGCCGGCAAAGAAGGCGGCCACAGCUACCCAGGCCGACGUUGAUGAGCUUCUGCGCAAAAACUCUGAGCUACAGGAUCAGUUGGACCGUCUGGCCCAGCAGUUCAACAACUAUCGGUUGGCGGUAGAGCAUACGCUGGACAAGCGUUGGGGCUUGGACGGGGAAGGGAACGAGGAUGAGAAGACGUCGUCAUUAUUUAUGUCGGCGGCUUCGGCGCCCUCUCCAGGGACAAGCACCGCUACUACUGUCGGGCCUGCUCAGAGGACCCCUGAUACAGCCGAGAAUGGCUCUGGAAGUGAACAAGACGAUUCGGCGUAUUACUUUGAGUCUUACGCACACAACGGCAAGUCUUACUCCGAACAAUAUUUUCGGUUCGAUUUGGAAGGCUAA